CUCAUAAAAAGGGACAAAAAAAAAGAAAAGAAAAUUGCAGUACAACGUAGAUCCAGAGAGAGAGAGAGAGAGAGAGAGAGAGAGAGAUGUAGAGAGCAGCUACUCGCAACAACGAAGAAGAAACAGAGCUCGAGAAGCGAUUUGUAGAAGCAAUUUUGGGGGGCAUUAUUUACCGCUUUUGCGUCGCCAAGAAGCGCUUCUGGGGGUCGUCGGGAGCGGAGGAGAUGAGGUGCUAACAUGGCGACGAGGAAGAGCAAGAGGAGGACGGUUUUGGGCUUUCUCCUUCUCUCCGUUCUCGCCCCCAUCGUUCUCUACACCGAUAGGAUCACCAAGUUCUCCAAUUCAAUCCCAAAUAGCGAUUUUGGUCGUGAAAUUCCGAAUCGGGUGUCCUUUGAUUCUCUUCAAGAACCCGUUCGGAUUGUUCAUUCUAAGAGCAAUGCCGAUGCGAUCUCAGCUCGAUCGGUGAUCGGAUUCACUGCAUUAACAGCUAACGAAUUGCCACGUGGGAUCUCAGACGAGCAUAAGAGCCGAGUAUUAUCGGCUACCUACGAUGAAGGGAAGCAGUUGGAAAGAGACAGCUCAGAUGAGAAAGUCGAUGCAACAGAUCAGGAAAAGGAGAGGGGAUUAGACAAAGUCGGAGAUCAAGAACAUAAGAGUCGGGCUUUAUCGGUGAUGGAUGAGGGGAUUCAAUUGGAAAAGGAGGGCAUAAUUGAGCAAGUGGUAAGAUCGGCGAAUCUUGCAGAGGGGGAGAAGAAUAUGGAGAAUAAUGAGGGCACUCAAUCAGAAAACAAGGGCAUGAUUGAGCAAGCGGCAAGCCGAGAAAGCGACAAGAAGCCUGAGAUGGAAGAAAAGAACAAAGAGAAGAAGAUUGAAGCUCCGACUUUUCCAUGGAAGCAGGGAAAUAAGGAUGGAAAGCCAUCUGAACUAGUUCCUUCUCAAGUUCGUACUCGAAAGCAUAGGAGGAGAUCCACUAAUAAUGACCGUAGUGGUGCCACGACUUUACCUGAUGUUAGAGUGCGCCAACUUAAGGAUCAAUUAGUAAAGGCAAAGGUUUAUCUUGGCCUUUGUAGAAGCAAUACCAACUUCGUCAGGGAGCUUCAAGCUCGGAUAAGAGAUGUUGAACGAGCACUUGGCGAUGCAACCAAGGACUCAGAAUUACAUAAGAAUUCACGUGAGAAACUUCGGGCGAUGGAGGAAACAUUGGCCAAGGGGAAGCAAAUUCAAGAAAACUGCUCUGCUGUUAUCAACAAACUCCAGGCGAUUCUUCACUCCACUGAGGAACAGCUCAAUGCACAUAAGAAACAGGCUAUCUAUUUAACACAGCUAGCAGCAAAAACUCUACCAAAAGGCCUCCACUGUCUUCCCCUGAGACUCACCACCGAAUUUUAUAUUUCAAAUGUCAGCCAGGAGGAGUUUCCAACUCAAGAAAAGUUGGAAGACCCCAAACUCUAUCAUUAUGCACUCUUCUCUGACAAUGUUUUAGCUGCAGCAGUGGUUGUGAAUUCUACUGUCUUGCAUGCUAAGAACCCAGAGAACCAUGUCUUCCACAUUGUCACUGAUAGACUUAAUUAUGCAGCCAUGAAAAUGUGGUUUUUAGCUAACCCGCCAGGCAAAGCGACCAUCCAGAUUCGGAAUGUUGAAGAGUUCACAUGGCUAAAUUCCAGCUAUAGUCCGGUUCUGAAGCAGCUUGGGUCAAAAUCCAUGAUUGAUUACUACUUUAAGACUCAUCGAGCUAUCUCUGAUGAAAACUUGAAGUUCCGAAACCCUAAAUACCUCUCCAUCCUGAAUCAUCUUAGAUUUUAUUUACCCGAGAUAUUCCCUAAGCUUGAUAAAGUGCUUUUCUUAGACGAUGAUGUUGUAGUCCAACGGGACCUUACUGCCCUUUGGUCUAUUGAUCUCAAAGGGAAAGUUAAUGGUGCGGUUGAGACUUGUGGCGAGAGCUUUCACAGGUUUGAUAGAUAUCUCAACUUCUCAAAUCCUCUCAUUGCCGAAAAUUUCAACCCUCGGGCUUGUGGAUGGGCUUAUGGCAUGAAUAUAUUUGACUUGGUUGAGUGGAGAAAGCAGAACAUAACUGAUGUCUACCACUCUUGGCAGAAGCUGAACCAGGACAGACUAUUGUGGAAAUUGGGAACUCUUCCUGCUGGUCUUGUUACUUUCUGGAAUCGCACUUUGCCCCUCGAUCGGUCGUGGCAUGUUUUGGGUCUUGGUUAUAACCCAAACAUUCGCCAAGAGGAUAUCAAAAAGGCGGCAGUAAUACACUAUAAUGGCAACAUGAAACCUUGGUUAGAGAUUGGAUUGCCCAAGUAUCGCAGUUACUGGUCCAAGUAUGUGGAUUUCAACCAAGUUUUCCUAAGGGAAUGCAACGUAAAUUUCUAAAAAGUUGAGGGUGUCCUUAUAUUUCUUUCUUAGUAGGCCUUGUGGAUGUAUAUUCAGCGGAAGGUUUAGUUCUUUCCCUCAGCUUUUCUUUUCUCCACUUUCAAUAACAUGUUUAGAUUUAUUCUUUGUGCUCUAGAAAUGUAAAUUUGCUAGAGCUUCUAUUCUUGUCAUCCUUUGCUCUUCUCCUUUGCAGAGAUGCAUGCAGCAGAAAUUGUACAUUGUACAUUAAAUCAUAAUAGCGAUAAAAACAUGUAGGAUUUAUAACUUAUAGUACAGUAUCUUUGAAUCCUUUUAAAGUUGGUGUUGCUGCUGCUUUGCAAUAAUUAGUAACUCCUCUUAUUCUGCUAUUAUUCCUUUCCUACUCUGCUUUGCCUUUUUGCGAGCCGUGAAGCAUCAAAGUGGCUGUGCAUUUUCAAACUAGGCCUAAGUAGUAUAAAGUGAGUAAGUGACCGUUCGCCUGUUCUCCCAACUUGGCAUCUUUGAUUACGGUGGCCAUUUAUCGGAGUGGGCGCCGGUUUGGCUGCAGGAAUUGUGAUCGAGGAGGCGAUCAGUGCUGUGGAAAGUGGCCGAGGGAGUGGCAGUGACAGCAGUGACAGCAGCGGCGGUGGCGGCGGCGCUGGCGGCUGUGGUGGUGGAUAUGAUGGUGGCAACGGCGACGGCGGUGGAUGUGGAGGCGGUGGUGGAUGUAGCAGCGGCGGAGGAUGUGGUGGUUGAGACUUGAGAAUCGAGCAGUGCAUUUAUAUCUAUUAUUAUUAUUUGAAAAUACUUUUUACGGUUUUUUCUCUCUUUUUUGCAUGGAUUAUUUCUGUACCAGCAGUAAGAUUGGGGCUGGAUUUUUGAGUGUUGAUGCUUUGACGCUGUUUCUGAAAUUUGAGGAUGCUUCUUUUUUAUUUUGUAA